GGGAAAUUACAACACAAAGGGGCGGAGAUACACAAGUCUUGGCUUUUUUCUCAGACUGUCAAGCUCACAAUGACGGAGUCCACUCAAGCAACAUGACCCGAUUUGGAUAUUUGAUAUGGAUUUUCUUCUCAUCGUGGGGAAGUGUGUGGACUCUACCUCACGUGGUAAAGUAUCAAAUAGUGACUCCUCAGAAGCUGAAAUAUUCAUCUCACAUCAUCAGUGAUGAUGCCACCCAUCAGACAUACCCUGACGUACUGGAGUACUCUCUGAAGAUUGCAGGACAAAACUGCACAUUGCACCUGGAGAGAAAUAAGGAGCUUAUUGGAAGAACUUUCUCUGUGACACAUUUUUCCGAGGGAGGCGUCCAACUAACAACAAAACCUGCUCUUGAGAACCACUGUUACUACCAUGGGCACAUAGUGGGAGUGGAAGACUCCUCUGCCAGCGUGGAACUGUGCUCCGGGAUCAAAGGGUUUGUGCGCCUCCAGGACCAAACGUACCUGAUAGAACCCCUGGCCAGCGCAGCAGGUGAACAGCAGGCCGACGGUGGGGGCGCUAAAGUUUACAGCGACAAGGGUCCACAUGCCGUGUACAACUACAAACAUCUGAGAAGGAAGAGGAGCUCUUGUUCCCAUGGAAACAUAACCAUGUACUAUGAUCACGGAGCCCAUCCGUCUGGACUGUUCCAGCUCAGCAGUCUGAGAAGCAGAGCCCAAACCAAGGACAAAGAAAGAAAACCAAGAACUGUGGAGCUCGCCAUAGUGGUCGACUACACCGAGUACAAGAAGUUUGGCAGUAAUAAGAUUGUGGAGGCCAGAGUGCUUGAAAUAGCAAACCACGUUGACAGGCUCUAUCGACCCGUAGGCAUUCGUGUGAUGUUAGUGAGUCUGGAUAUCUGGUCGUACAAAGAUCAAAUAGAGGUCAGCACCAAUCCCGAGCAAACCCUCAGCCGCUUUCUCGAGUGGCGCCAGCGUAGCCUCCUGCCGAGGACUAAACAUGACAACGCACAAUUCAUCACAGGGGUAGAUUUUGAAAACACCACUGUUGGACUGGCCAACACAAAUGCGAUGUGCACUUCUACCUCGGGAGCAGUAAAUCAGGAUCAUAACAAUAAUGCAAUAGGAGUGUCCUCCACUAUUGCCCAUGAGAUGGGUCACAACCUGGGCUUGUCUCAUGAUACACAAAACUGCAUCUGUGGCUCUUUGACGUCGAAAAAAGGCUGCAUCAUGGCUGGGAGUGUUGGUGUUGUGUAUCCAGAGUUGUUUAGCAGCUGCAGCCAGCAGCAGCUCAGCAGAUUCCUGGAGGAGGUCAACCCAGCUUGCCUGCUUGAUACCCCUCCUACUAGUCGAAUUUAUGGGGGGCCGGUGUGUGGCAAUGCCUUCCUGGAGCCUGGGGAGGAGUGUGACUGUGGGACUGUAGAGGAAUGCAAGAAUCCCUGCUGUAAUGCUACAAACUGCAAACUUAACACCAGAGCCCAGUGUGCUGAGGGCGAAUGCUGCCACAACUGUCUACUGAAAGCGUCAGGCAGCGUCUGCCGGCCAAAGACAGGAAACUGUGACUUGGCAGAAUACUGCACUGGACUGUCCGCCUCCUGUCCUCUCGACGCCUACGUCCAGAACGGCCUGUCGUGCAACGGUGGGAAAGGAUACUGCUAUAAUGGAAAGUGUCCGUCGCGACAGCAACACUGCAAGAGGCUAUGGGGACCAGAUGCUGAAGUGGCGGCAGAUGCUUGUUUCUUCCAACAUGGAGGCUGCAGAAAAACCUUUUUUAGCCAAAGAUGUUUGGGAAAAGAUCAAUCAUGCAGGACACUUUUCUGUACCGGAGGCUGGGAGUUCCCAGUCACAUCAAGGAAAUCUUUCUACAAAGUAGGAAAUGAGCAAUGCAAUGAGGCAACAAUGAAUCCCAAAGACAACUACCCUGCAGAUUUUGGCAUGGUGCCCACUGGAACUAAGUGUGGCAACAACAUGGUAUGCUACAAUCAAAGGUGUCAGGACAUCAGUAGCAUCAGAACAUAUGGGACCAAUGACUGCUCAGCCAAAUGCAACAACCGCGGGGUCUGCAACCAUGAGAGCAAGUGCCACUGUGAUCCCGGCUGGGCCCCACCUUUCUGUGAUGUGCUGGAGUCGGACUUGCAUGAAGGAGGCGGACUGGUGCUCAUUGUGUCUCUGGUCAUAGGCUUGCUCAUACUGUUGGUCGUCCUCAUUGGAGGAUUUGUGUGCUUCAGCCGGACGAGGCAACCUCCAAAGAGAUCCUUCCAGUCUACCUCAGGACAGACAAAUCCAUUGUUUCGCCCAGGCAACGCACGAGGCAGCCCUCAUCUUCGCUCCACAACCAUCAGCCAGCCAACGUUUGUGGAAUCAUCUGCAAGCAGAAUCUGCAAACCGCUGCCGUGCAUUGCCGAUAGACCAUCGGGUGCGGUGUUCAAGCACUGCAGAACAGCUCCUGAGCCCCCCAGAACUGUACCUCAGCCGUCAAAUAUCCAACAGGGUUUAAGGCCACUCUUGAAACCACCAGCUGUGCCAAACAAGCCAGUCUACUCUGAGACCCGGCCACUACCUCCAUCCAGACCUCUACCGCCUCUUGCGUCAAAACCAGUCACAAAGCCAAAACCUCUGACGCCUCCAGUGAAGCCAAAGCCCGCUGUUGUCCCGGUACCGCUGCCUCAUACUCAGCUGCUUGCAGGAAGAGCCGCCCUCAUUCUGCACAACAGGCCCAGAUGACCGAGGAAAAUAACUCCAAACACAGAGAUCCUCAGACAUUGAUGAUCUUAUCUCACCUUCAAAGACUUUCCUUAAAAGGCUUUCUGGAGACGUGGGGUCAAGGGCUCACGUGAGGUCGAGAUGCAUCAGUGAAUCAACAUGAAAUAUACGCCUCUGCACCGUGAGGAAUUACCGCCGUCUGCCUUGCUUCUUUUUCUAAUGAAAACCUGAAAACUGUGAUUGACACAUUCAACUAUUAUGUGCUAUUCAAGACAAAUGGCCCCGCCGCCAUGAUGAUGAUGAUGAUGAUGUGUUUGAAGGGAAACGUCUCUCCUCAAUCCUGAGAUAUGUGAACACUUAAUGACUGCACUGCUGAUGCUGUAACUCUUUUGACUUUUACCACAGCCGCACAUUGUUUUGGUACUGACUUUCUAAAGAGAUGAUUUAGGGAUUUUUAAAUGCGGCACCAAUGUGGGCACUUUAAAAGUUAUUUUAUUAUAAGAACAAGAGCGCAGAACAUAUCUAUUGUGGGACUGUAUGAAUGUAUACAUUUGACUGUUGUUUGUUCUCUUAUUAACAUACAUUCUCAAGGGAUUUUUGUAUUGUGUAAUCUAUGCAGUAAUCACACUGUCCCUUAAAAUAAUCAUGUCUUAUCCUUUACAAUGGAGAUAAAUCUGAUAAUCAUUUAUAUUUAUAAAGAUGUCCAUUACCUGUGCAUAAUUGUUUUCAAAUAAAUUACACUGUAAACUUG